UAGUGUGGCUACACUUGCAAAUCAAACAGCUGUUGCGCUUGCGAAAACUGCACUUUUAUUGUAUUUUUAUUUACUCGAUUUUCAGAUGGCUGCCAAUAUAGCCGCUGCAGCCGCAGCCGCCCAAGAAGUAGACCCCGUUCUGAAAAAGGCAAUCAAGCUGCUGCACUCGAGUAAUCCCACCUCUGCGGCCGAGUUACGCCUACUCUUCGAUGAGGCUCUAAAAACACGUUUCGGACCGGAAAGUUUGACCAACAACAUGAGCCAGCGUAUGCUGGAGGAUGAGGCCAACUUUCCGGGCCGGGCGGCCACGCCUCCGCAGCAGCCCAUUAACACGGAUGAGAUUAUCAAUCUGACAAACUCACCGGAUAAGGAGCCGUCGGAUUCGGUAGACACCAUUGCGGAUUCGGACGAUGGCUUGAGUGCCGUGGGUAUUGUUAAUACUGGGGAUACCGGCGACUUUGGCGAUCUCAACUGUUGUGUGUGUGGCGAGAUGGUCUUCACGGCCACAAACCGUCUGAUAGAGUGUUCCAAAUGCGGCGCCAUGUACCACCAGGAGUGCCACAAGCCUCCGAUCACAAAAGAAGAGGCGGCUGAUGACCAGGAACAGAAUUGGCAGUGCGACACGUGCUGCAAUAAGCCCACGAGCAGCGGGAGGACGACUUCAUCUGCGGCGGCAGUCACACCCACCGUUUUCAUAGCCGACGAGCCAAUGCCGCUGACCAGCAAAGCUAAAUCCUCGGCGGCAUCUUCACGAUCAUCUAAUUCGUCCAACUCCUCGUCGCCGUUCUACAGACCCGAGCCCAGUAGCUCCACAAAUGCCAGCAGCAGUAGCAGCAGCAAACAUGGCCACAAGUCCUCCUCGUCAUCCUCUUCCAAGUCGCACAAGGAGGAGCGAUCUUCGAAGUCCACGACGACGCCUUCACUUAGUGCCAUCGGAAGCAUGGAAAAGCACACCAGCAGUAGUAGUGGGACCUCCUCAUCGCGACGCAGCAGCUCCAGUGCCAGGUCCAGUUCCAAGAGCAGUUCAUCAAAACAUCACGAAAGUGGAAGCAGCAAACGCAGGUCGAAACAGUAAAUAGGAUAUCCAUAUUAUUAAGUACAAAGUCUAAAUGAAAAUAUCCAUUUAUUUAUACACUAUAUUAUAAUCUGUAAGCAUCUUGGAUUACUUUAAAUUUCUGAUUUUACUUAUUUGUGUUACCACAGUUCAAACAAAUAAAAUUCAUUAUUUAAGUAAACGUUGGAAAAUAA